AUUAUUUUUCUCACUCGAAUCAAACAACUUUGGCAACAUAAACAUGUUAAAGACUCUGUGAAAAGGAGUGGGAACAUUGACAGAACAGGUUUAAUGCCAAAAUGAAAGCAAGCUCCUUUCCUUUGGCAGUUCCCUCCCUCAGAAAUCCUAGUCACACUCAAGUUUCAUUCCACACCGCUAGCACACACACAAAGAAUGAUCACCUGCGUCUCACGGAAAUAUGAACAUGGUGUGUCUGUUACAGAUGGUGUUUCUCAUUGCAUCUGUCAGACAGAUCAUAUGCCACACUCUGUUAACCCUUUCGACACUGGAGGAGCGACAGGAAGGAAUUAAGAUAGGCACCUUAGGCACAGCCUACUCUCCUCCAUACCAGCUGCUUGGGAACUCGUAUUUAAGAGUCAGUGAGGAAACCGGGGAUAUGUACACAACAGAACGGAUGAUUGAUCGGGAGACAUUGUGUCCAUCACAGGAAGGCGGGUACUGUACCAUCUCAGCUGAUGCCCUAGUGGGCCCUGACCAAGAACUGUUGAAGAUCACUAUAAUCGUGGAGGAUAUAAAUGACAAUGCUCCUUAUUUUGAAACAAAUGAAAUUCGUUUAAGAAUACCAGAGGAUGCAAAUGUUGGGACAAAGGUGCAGUUGGAUGUCAAUGCUCAGGACAAGGACAUAGGCAGUAAUGCAAGGAUAAUGUAUCAUUUAAAAGGUGCUGAAGGAUUCUUCAGUGUAACACAGGACAGAUCUGCCCUUGAGCUGAUUGUUGAAAGAGAGCUGGACCGUGAAACUCAAAACGAGCACUGCAUGGUUCUUGUUGCUGUGGACAGUGGCUCUGUGCCGCUGAGUGCUACGGUGUCUCUUGUUGUUACGGUGCUAGAUGUAGACGAUCAGUGCCCGCAGUUCAGCCCCGAUAACCUUCAGACUGUUUCGGUGCCAGGAGGAGCGACCAGGGGAACAACAGUGGCCCAGGUUCAUGCCAUAGACCCAGACCUGGGCAGCAACAGCCAUAUCACUUACACCUUCAGUCUCCAGAUCUCAGAUCGGGCCAAGGAACUUUUCCACUUGGACAGAAACACAGGCAGGAUCAGUAUAACUAUGGAUAUAAGGUUAGACAGAAUGGAGGAACAUGUGCUAAAAGUAGUAGUGAAUAGCCCACCUUGUCCUGUUGAGCAAACUCAGUUAACUGUACAUCUGCAGCCACUUUUGAGCCCAGAGCCAAAUGUCGAGAUCAAGUAUGUGGCACAGUAUAGAAAUCAAACUAUAAUAUUACGGGAGAAUGAGCCACCAACUCUCUUGGCUCUUUUGGAGCUGAGAGACAUCUCAGGUGUCCAAAAGAUUCUGUCCUUAGAGGAUAGAACAUUGUUCUCUUUAAAAGCUCAAGCAGGUAGCUAUCUACUUUCAAGCUCAAAGUCACUAGACUUUGAGCUGUGUAGCAAAUAUCUUGUUACUGUUGUUAUAAGUGAAGCCCCAGGCAAACAUGUGCAUGCAAGGAAAGAGAUAAAAGUGGAAGUUGAAGAUGUGAAUGAUAAUGCCCCUCUGUUUAAGGAGAAUUUCUAUCAGGUGGAGAUAGAGGAGAACAAUAAGUCUAACAUCUCUUUAGUACAAGUCAGUGCAAGUGAUGCAGAUAGCCAUCUUUAUGGAAAAGUGUCAUACAGGCUGAUUAAUAAUAACCCUGCUCUCUUUAGUAUUGAUGAAGUGACAGGGGUAGUGUCUGUUUUAGAGCCAUUGGACAGAGAGAAACAUGGAGAAUACAGUCUCACAUUGCUGGCCAGGGACAAUGGCUCUCCUCCUUUAGAGGCCUUUUCAUCACUGUCCAUAAAGGUCCUAGAUCAGAAUGAUAACCAGCCAACGUUUGUCACAUCACACUUCAUUUUCUUCAUCCCCGAAGAUAUUCCACACUUAGCUCAGGUUGGAAAGAUUGGAAUUGUGGAUGCAGAUGAGGGUGAUAAUGGAAAAGUAGUGGAUGUACAAGUACUUGACAAGCAUGUUCCCUUUGCAAUUGACCUGUCCCAGUCUGCACUUCGAUGUACAGGUGAGGUAGACCGGGAGAAGCAUGAGCAUUAUGAGCUGCGCCUGCUGGCUCUAGAUGGUGGCAGUCCACAGCGCUCGUCCACUGCAUCUGUAACUGUUUUUGUGGAGGAUGUAAAUGAUAACCAGCCUCAAGUACUCCUACCCAGCAGCAACCUCUCCUGCCUUACCAUAUCCCCCAACACCAGGGCUGGAAGCAUUAUCACUAAAAUUUAUGCUAUUGACCGUGACUCAGGCUUGAAUUCAGAUAUUACUUACCAAAUUAUAGCCCGCGUGCCUAUCAACCCCAGCCCAUUUCAGAUCGACCCACACUCAGGGAACAUCACUUUGGUGCAGCAGCUUGUAGGCAGAGACUACAGUAUGCAUCACCUCUUAAUCCGAGUCAGUGACAGAGGGAAGCCUGCACCUCUCCAGGCCAGUGUAUGGGUUAAUGUUCUGGUCAAUGAGAUGCCCAAACAGUGCCACUUGACUACUGUUCCCCCACAUUUUCCUCUAGCCUCAGAGCCCCCAUUGACACCAAAACCUUAUAACCUGACUGAGAGUUGCACAGAACUCCCUUGGCUCCUACUGCUGUGUGGUCUGGGUAUGAUGUUCUUCUCUGUAUGCAUGUUUCUGGCCACAGUCAUAGUUGUCUUGAGACAUAAAAAAAUGAUGCGUGAAGGAACACAAAAGAGAGAUCACACAAAAGAACAUGAACUGGAAUAUUUAAAUUAAAUGACAUUUUUCUUUAUUGUUGCAUUGUAAAUUAUACAUGGUCAGAUUAAUACUGAUUUACAUCAUCCUCAAAUGUUUAGAAAUGUUCAAGUAAAUUUGAAAGUAAAAAUAGCCAGACUUACUGUAUAAGCAUAUAAAUGUAUAGAUAAGUGAUAAGUGUUCCUCUUUUUUACAAGAAAAUCUAGAAACAAACCUCAAUGGCCUACUAAGUUAUUAUCUCCAUUUUAAUAACAAAUAUGUUUUUAAAAAGCUCAUAGAAAGUUCCAUCAGAGUGUAAACAGCUGUUAAUCACAGAAGCGACCUGUCCACCAAGCAACAAUGAUAAUGUUAUUGUAGUUAUUGUGUUCUGUGAAUGCUUAUUUCUGAAUGCAAUAAGAAUACUAGUGUUUAUUUUGGCAGUGGAUAGGUGUAUCAGGUGUGCUUAGAUCAUGAUUCAGACAUUUCUAUAGUCUAAAAAAAUUCAGUCAAGAUAUUUGGCUGCAACAGACAUCCCACAUCCCGCCUUGUGCUUAUUCUCCCCGGGAUAUGUGUCAGAUCCACCAAAAAAAGUAACUGAAAGCAAAAUUAAGCAGUUACUGAAGAUGAAUGAAUGAAUGAAUGUUAUUUGACCCAAACCAAACAAAUUUUGCAGAUUGUCUUCCAUGAAUGGUUCAUUUUUUGCAAAGUCUAAAAGCUCUAAAAGAUCCAAAAAAGGGGAUCACUCUUCAGUAGUUUCAUUUUAAGUGUUCUAGUGCAAAAGAAUCACAUUAUGUUUAUUAAAACAAUCUAUAACGAG